AUGGAAUCGAUGGAAGAAGAUUUGGAUUUUGGGAAGAAGGUUUCGAUAAGCGACACAAUGGAAGUGAUUGAUCCAUCCAAAAUCGUUCUUCUGCUUCGCGAUUUUCUCGAUAUACAACAACGCAGAGCCCAAGCAUACUCCAAACUUAAAAGUGGAUUUUCUGACUACAUGACUUCUGGAGGGGAGUUGGCUUACCAGCAGCUUUGCAGUGGAAUCACGAAAGAGUUUAAUGAUUGCUCAAAACAAGUCCUCGAAAUGGAGUCACUGUUUCAGAGUCCUGACUAUAGCCGCAGUGAUCUAGCACAAAUCCUUAGAGGUGUUCAAGAUCAGGAAAAGCAGAAACUGCAUCUGACAGCUACCAUUCAGCUGUUAAAGAAAGCUGGUCGGCCAUCUGAACGACUGGUGAGCCAUGAGAAUUGCAAAUUUACAAAGCAUACAGAGCAUGAGUGUGUUCAUGUCAAGGAAAUCACUGAAGCUUCUGGGACUGAAGAAGCAGAAGCAGAUGCCGAGUUUGAUAAUGCUCUCAACGAAGCUAUUAGAGGUGUACAGGAUGCUGUAAUGGUCAUCAAUGAACAUCUUGAAGAAGUGAGAUAUGAGAUUGCAGCACUUGAAGCAGAGUGA